AUGUUUGGUCUGUCCACCCUAGGCCAGUGGGCCCACAAAGGGUACCCGUGGGGAGACGUCAUUCUUCUGCAACGCGCGUCUGUGCCCUUCCUUAAAAGUCAUGUGGCGCGAGGUGACGUAAGCAGAUAUCGACCGCCGGAGCACAACUUCCUCCUAACUUCCACAAGGCCCAUCUCAGCUGCUCAACUAGAUCUUACAAUGUCGUAUGAGCCGCAACAACUUCCUGGCGAUUUUACGCACGAGUCGUCAUCUGUCGUCAGAGCAAUGAAGAAAUGUCGACAAGCGGAGGCAGCCAUCAUGCGCGACCUCGAAAAUAACGCCGCUGGUAGCGCAGUCUUAUUGCUGGAGAAGAAGCUCGUCAACGUGCGGAUCUUAGGGCACCUCCUGAUCGUUGGGCUCACCAGUGCUGCUCAAGAUUACAUCGCCCAGAUGAUUAACCCUUGUCAAGAUGAGCAAACACUUGUCGAAUUGGGCGAAUUCUACGACAAGUACUUGAUCCGCGCUUUCGCUAUAUAUAGCAUUGAUAUGGACCCUUCGCCUCUCCAUCUCUAUCAGGACAUAUAUGCUAUUACCGAAGGUUCAAGCUUGCGGCAGCCAAUGGACCAGAGUCGUUACCGGGCGAAGUCCCUUGCCCUCAUGCGCGACAACUAUCGCUGCAUGUUGACCGGUCGAAUUGAUAUCAUGGCCGCGCUCCACGUGGAGGGACUGGGCCGCGAAUUGAACGACGACAGAACUCAGCUUGAGGCAACGCGCUGCGCAUAUAUAUUCCCCGAAUUUCUCGCUGCUGAUGCUGACAGUGAUGCGGAGCGUCAGGACAUAGCCAAAGUAUGGGACGUCAUCAAGGGUUUCGGCUACUCCAAGAUUCAGGGAGAGCUGAAGGGCCUUCAAGUCCAUUCCUUGCGCAACAUAUUCACUCUGGAGGUCACCAUGCACUCGCUCUUUGAGGAUCUCAAGCUAUGGUUCGUCCCGACUCGUCAGGACAUAGCCAAAGUAUGGGACGUCAUCAAGGGUUUCGGCUACUCCAAGAUUCAGGGAGAGCUGAAGGGCCUUCAAGUCCAUUCCUUGCGCAACAUAUUCACUCUGGAGGUCACCAUGCACUCGCUCUUUGAGGAUCUCAAGCUAUGGUUCGUCCCGACUGCUUCCUUACCAGCGUCUCAUCAGGAGACACCGAAUCGCUAUGUUGUCGAGGCAUCGAUGCCUGGACUUUUCGAGUGCGGAAUGAUUCCGCGCACCAUCGAGUUCAAGACCACUGAGUCUGACCUCGAGUUGCCGUCUGGGGAGUAUUUAAACAUUCGCGCCACUUGUUGUCGGGUAUACCAUUUGUCAGGUGCUGCGAAGUACUUUGAUAAGCUGUAUAACGACGAUGAUCUGGCCGCCGCCGAAGAUCUACUUGCCACCGACGAUCUGGCCGCCGCCGCCGAUCCAGCUGCGGACGACGAUCUUGCCACCAGGGCGGCCUCCACCGGUCAAUUUGCCGAGGUGCCAGCGGUCCGUCUGCACGAUAUCCGCCCAAUCGAUAUUCAACAUAUCAAAGUCGCAUAA